AAAAUGUUUUGAGGAAAUGUAAACAAUUCCAAACGUUUAAGUUGAGAAUUUUUAAAUCUGGUUAUAUACACCCAAAUACAAACAGUUAUGGAGGCGUCAUUAUGCAGGGUUUGCCUGGAAAAUAGCGCCGAAAUGGUCAACAUAUUUGAGGAGACGCUUGCAUUUGGAGUUUCCAUUGCAAAUAUGAUAUCAGAGUGCACCGGCUUGAAAGUUGAGAGAAGCGAGCUAGGUUCCCCAACGAUUUGCCCUUCCUGUCUAAAAGAUGCGCGAAAGGCAUUCGAGAUAAAGAAAGUUUACGAGCGGAGCACCCUGCUCUACUCCCAGUCAAAAAAGAGUAAGGAUCCCCUGGAAGCUAACCUAACGAAAAGCGGAGGAGGAUCUCUACUGGCUGUCUCUCCUGUUAGGGAGGAAGUGGCAGAAGAUAUGCAUGCAGUGGAGGAACCAUGUGUAUCCCAAUGCCAAGUAAAGAACGAACCACUUGAAGAGGGCGUGUUUGAAGAAGAGAAGGGUCCGAUUUUAGAAUGCGACUUUAAGGUUGAUGAAGGGGAAGGGAGUUUGCAGGUUGACGGUAUUGGGAAUAACAAGGCUAACUUGAAGCGAGAAUAUAAGUGCCGAUAUUGCCCCAGAACUUUUGCUUUUAAGUCAGUUGUAAAGCGUCACCUACGAGUGCAUUCAGUUAAUGGAAAACGCCAGUGUCCUUACUGUCUGAAGUACUUUGUUCGGGUCUCAAGUCUUAACACACACUUGCUUCUCCACACAGAUCGUCCAGUUUUCAAAUGUUCCCAAUGUCCAAAAAGUUAUUUUAAGAAGGCACGUCUUGAUCACCAUUUGCAAGUACACGCAAGAUCGUUCAACUGCUCUCACUGUACAAAGAAGUUUGCGAAGGACUCGACUCUUCAAAAGCACUUAAAAGUUCACUCGGGAGGUCGGUUUCUUAAUUGUACCCAAUGCCCAAAGGCUUAUAGCCAAAGUAAAUCGCUUCGGGAUCAUCUAAAAAAGCACUUAACCCACUCCUUAAAGACUUGUUUAAAACGGGGUGCUAACAAGAUAUACCUGAGAAGUACCGCACCAGAGAGACCGCUUGUGUGUACUCAGUGCUCAAAAGCCUUUAGAAAUAAAUAUUAUUUCAAGGCACACCUGCAACUACAUAAAGGAGAAAGUCCGUUUAAGUGUUCCCAUUGCUCGAAGAAUUUUGUAACACUUUCGAGCUUGCAGAUUCACUUGCGAACACACACCGGCGAAAAACCGUUCAAGUGUUCCCACUGCCCAAAGGGUUUUACCCAGGCAUCGGCUCUUAAGGUACACAUACGAACCCACACGGGUGAAAAGCCGUUUAAAUGCAAUCACUGCUCAAAGACUUUUGCAUGUCUUUCAGGUCUUAACGCCCACAUGCGAACGGUCACAGGCGAAAAACCAUUCAAGUGUUCCCACUGCUCAAAGGGUUUUAGCCAGGCAGCGAAUCUUAAGAUACACAUACGAAUCCAUACGGGUGAAAAGCCGUUCAAAUGUACCCAUUGCUCAAAGGCUUUUGUAGCUCAGUCAAAUCUUAUUCAACACAAUCGAACACAUAAAAAGAGUCUUACCCAGACCACAGAAGUUAAGAAACACAAUUGGAGUCACGAAGGAGAAUGAUGCAUUUAAAUUUUAAAAUCGUGCUGUGAUUUAUAUGAUUUGUGUUGAAGAUUAAAGAACAAUCUUCUGCGAAUUAACUGUGGCUAUUGUUUUUGAAGUAAAAAAACCUCUAGAUCUAACACCUUUUGGUUUUUAUUAAAUAUUGCUUGCAAAGUCGUUCACUUACAGGCUACCAUUUAGCUUAUAAGCUGUAGCUAAGUUAAAAAUUACCUGUAAAUUUUACAUUAUAACAAUAUAAAUAAUAAUAAUACUGCCUCUGAA